AGUAUUUGCCGGUUCCGGCCUCGAGGCGUCACCCAAGUUACACCACCCCCUUUUCUUUCUUUAAGGUUCCCGGAUGUGGUUCUUGUUCCCUCGAUCCUUCUAGAAGCUGUUAGACGCAGAGGACCGCAAGCUACCGUCAAUAUCCAGUGUAUAAUUGUUUAAAGAAAUCCACUACUGCCAGCCACAUUGAAAAUGGUGCUAGAAACUGCAUACUAUGAUACAUUGGGAGUGAAGCCAAAUUCCACCCCAGAUGAGCUGAAAAAGGCUUAUAGGAAACUUGCCCUCAAGUAUCACCCAGACAAGAAUCCCAAUGAAGGUGAAAAGUUCAAACAGAUUUCCCAGGCUUAUGAAGUGCUUUCUGAUCCCAAGAAAAGAGACUUGUAUGAUAAGGGUGGUGAGCAGGCAAUUAAAGAGGGAGGCAUGGGAGGAGGAGGCGGCUUUGCAUCACCAAUGGAUAUCUUUGACAUGUUCUUUGGGGGCGGUGGACGAAUGCAGCGAGAGAGAAGAGGUAAAAAUGUAGUUCAUCAGUUGUCUGUAUCACUUGAAGAUCUGUAUAAUGGUGCCACAAGAAAACUUGCCGUGCAGAAGAAUACUAUCUGUGACAAAUGUGAAGGUCGUGGUGGAAAAAAAGGAGCUGUAGAAUGCUGCCCAAAUUGUAGGGGCACUGGCAUGCAGAUUAGAAUUCACCAAUUAGGACCUGGAAUGGUUCAACAGAUACAAUCCGUAUGCCCAGAGUGUCAAGGACAGGGAGAGCGGAUCAAUCCAAAGGACCGGUGUAAGAGCUGCACUGGGCGAAAGAUAGUCCGAGAGAAGAAGAUUCUUGAAGUUCAUAUUGACAAGGGAAUGAAAGAUGGUCAGAAGAUCACAUUCUCUGGUGAAGGGGACCAGGAACCAGGACUAGAGCCUGGGGAUAUUAUUAUUGUUUUGGACCAAAAAGAUCAUUCUGUUUUUACAAGGAGAAAUGAAGACCUAACUAUACACAUGAAAAUAGAGCUUGUGGAGGCACUAUGUGGUUUUCACAAACCUAUUGUUACGUUGGAUUCAAGGACAAUAAUAAUUACUUCUCAUCCUGGCCAGAUUGUUAAACAUGGAGAUGUGAAAUGUGUAUUGAAUGAAGGCAUGCCAAUCUAUCGCAGACCAUAUGACAAAGGACGUCUCAUUGUUCAAUUCCAGGUUAACUUUCCAACCAGUAACUUCAUUUCAUCAGACAAACUUCCUUUGUUGGAAAAGCUCCUGCCUGCAAGGAAAGUGGUAGAAGAGACCGAAGACAUGGAGCAGGCUGAACUAAUGGAUUUUGAUCCAUCUCAACAAAGGCGUAGGCAUAAUGGUGAAGCAUACCACGACGAUGAUGAUGACGACCACCCAAGAAGUGGUGUUCAGUGCCAGACUUCCUAAAUGAAGCAAAUGAAUCCUACAUUCAGAUUUUUUUUUUUUUUUUUUUAAACUCAGUGUUGUAUGAAGAGGAUGAUCGAGCAGUUACUUUUUGCUGUAAAAGUACCUAGAACAAACAAACUUCUUCAUUUUAUGGAGUAAUUUUAGGCCUUUGAUAUCACUGAACACAACCAAAUGAAGCGUCUCUCUUGUAUGUUAGGACUAUCUGGCGCACAUGCUACAUGUUUUAAAACUGCUGUUUAAAGAAUUGUGACAAAUUAAACUCUGUCGUUCAACAGUG